AUGUCGAUCGGUGCCAUUAUCUACUCCAAGUUCAAUGGCAGUGUCAGUUCAAUGAACAUAUUCCCCAGGUUUCAAGAUGUCAAGUUUGAUGUUUCUCUGCCGCUCCUUCGAAAGGUUGACAAGAUUUUACAGAGAGAUAUCAUCUUGAAGAUAAGUCAUUAUUCUUUGAUUCUUGAAGUGCUACAUACAUGUAACCGAGGCAAUGAGAAAUUUCACUCUGAACGUGGAACGAGGCUAAAGAAACUACCGAGUAGAAGUAGGUCCAAGCUACAUCUUCCAGUGAAAGCAAAUGAAGGGUUUUCAUCACUGACGGAUUAUCAAACCGGUACUCAAAAUCUCACCUUUAAAAUCAGAGAUCACUUCUCAGAGGUGAUUGGAAAGGUGACUGAAUAUCUGGGACAAAGUGAUGACCAAAGUAAGCCAGAAAUCUGGGCGUCGUAUGAAGCCCUGUUCUUCUCUUCAACAAUACCAGAUAUUGAAAAGUUUUAUGUGCUUGCGUAUGAUGGUGAAGCCAAGCUACUGCAGAUGCUCCUUCCUACGGCCGAUCCGAGGAACAUGAAACUGAGAGGUGAAUGGGUCAUUGAUAUCCUUGAUCCUGCAAAGACCUCUAUACCAGGAACUGCAGAAAAGGGUACUCAAACCGAUCCAACAUCUUCUGAUGAAGACGAUUCCGGUGUGUCAGGUAAAGACUGGACCUCGAUACCAAGGCAUGGAUUCAAUAGGCAGAGUUUCUACGGACAGAUAAAGUCAGGGAAAGAUCUGGAUACAGACUUGUCGAAAUACGAUCAAGAUGGAGGCGGAAACCAGGUAUCCAAGAGGGGUACAGGUGUCGAAACUGUAGCGGAACAUCAACUUGACUGUGUAGGUAGUGCCUCACAUGUGUCCCUGGCUUCGAAUCUGGUUGAGGAGAUGGAAAAACUCUAUCCAUUCCUGCGUGAUGUGACCCUUGGUUCUGUGGGUCUAAGCAAUCUUCCUGCCAUUACUCCAAAACCCCAUAUUGACCAACCCGUACAGAAGUCCAGAGCCAAGUCUGGAAAAGGGCGUCCCUCUCCUAGCUCCAAGUCUCAGAAGAAAUACAGUAAGAUUGUCCCACAAGGACCCAUGAGUUUUGAAGACAUGUUCAGCCGGGCAUACGGGUGUUUAAGGAUGGUCUUGCAAGAAAGGUUUCCUUUGGUAAAGCUCCGAUGGUUAGUCAUGUGUCUUCAGGCUCUUUCUGACUCGGUCAAAGAGCAGGUCUCACGUAAAUUGUUUGGCGAAAGCCGUUCAAUUGGCACAGACGAUCUGCUACCAUCCCUCAUAUUCUUCCUCAUAAAGGGAGACCCAGGACAGGUUACAGCCCUAUACCCACAGCUCAAGUUCCUCGAAGACUAUCUCCCUGACAUUGUUGCAAGUGGCAUCAUCGGUUUCACUGUAGCUCAAUUCAGCACAGCAUUUGCGUUCAUUAUUCAGACAGAUGAUGGCGACUCCUAA